AGACUAUUAUUAUUUUUGUUAGUAAAUUAUGUACUGACUAAUAUUCACUAAAUAACUGUAUUUGUGAAUGAAUUUUUAAGAAUGUUUCUAUAAAUGGCUUUUAUUGUAUCACAGGUAUAGGGUUACCAGAUUUUGCUUGGAAAAAAAAACUGUUUGAAAAAGAAUCAUAUGAAAUCAGAAUCAAUUUUCGGUUUAUUACAGAUAAAAAUGCAUGACUUGGAGUGAAAAUAAGAUGGAUAGUCUUGACUUUGAUAGCAUAAAAGUAACUAAAAACUCAUCUCAAGCAGUCAGAUUAAAGGAAUUUUCUGAUCAACGUAGGAAGUUAAAACCAAAUCGUAAUAAUGAAGCUAGCAGGAAUCCUGUACGCAUUUUAAAUAAUCGACAUGAAUUGAGAAGCGUUUCUGAUGAUGAAGAUGAAAAUAAUGAAGAUAUAAUAACUAAAGAAGUGAACAAAGAAAUUAAAGAGGUAAAUGAUAAGAAAGACUUCAAAAUUAUAGGGAGAACCAAUGGUUUAAACACUGGAAAAAUUAGGUCAAGAGAACACGCUUUAACAAAUGAUGCUAAAAAAGGUUUGGAAAGCAAAGAAGACAUAACAAAAGCAAGUCGAUCGUUGCGAACCACUGAAAAGGAUAAGAAUACUGGUAUUGGAACAGAAAAAACAAAUAUAUAUGAUGGUAUCAAAGAUGUCAUGCUUUUCCAUAUAAAAGGAAAUCGGCACAUUCAGACUCGUUUGGUUGAGCCAAAAACAAGUUCUAUGAAUUCUGGUGAUGUGUUUGUACUGAUAACACCAAAAUACAUACAUCAAUGGAAUGGAAAAAAUUGCAGUAUAAUGGAAAAGUCAAGGGGUUGUGAAAUCAGUUCUGUAGUGCAUCAAUGGAAAGAAUUGGGUUGUAUCUCUGCUAGUAUUAACCUUAUGGAUGAAGAUAGAGAAAAACCAGGAGUAAUGACAACUACUUUCUGGAAAAUUCUUGGUGAUAAAAAGUAUAUUAAGAAAAUUAAUGACGUUUUACCUGACAAAGAAUUUGAGCAGUACAUUCUUGAAACUAACAAGUUUUUUGAAAUAUGUUCUGAUAAGAUAGAUGAUGAAGAUGCUAACUGUUGGCUAAAACCUAUUGAAGAAUAUUCUGGGAAAAUACCUUCUAAAAAAUGGCUUGAUUCUAAGAAAGCUUAUGUUCUUGAUUUUGGCACUGAGGUUUACUCUUGGGUUGGCAGAUAUGCAACUGGUGCCCCACGUAAAAAGGCUGCAGAAGUUGGUUUAGAAUAUUACAAGAAAGAUUAUCAAACAGAUUCCAAAGUUCAUCCUUUUAAUUUAAAUUGUUAUAAUAAUAACAAUAAUUUACCAAUGCCCAGGCCAGAUUGGUCUGUGUAUGGUAGAAUGGCAGAGAAGACAGAAAAUGUGGCAUUUCGACGAAAGUUUUUUGACUGGCCUGAUCCUGUUGAUUUAAAAGUACAAACUAUCGAUGCAAAAGUUCAUGCUCAGUUAACAAAAGAGUUUUCUUCUGAGCCCUCAACUCCUUUAUUAUUACCAAUACCAGCUAAGCAAUUGUUAGAACCGACUCCAGAGCCACUCAUGGUCCAUGAUGGUUUAUUUAUUGGGCGAGGCAAAGGAAUGCGGGACAAUGAAACUCUUUUUAACUAUGGUGUAACAUUAAACGAACUUACUGUAUGGCUAAUAUCUGGGAAUGCUCAUUUAGAAGUGCCAUUAGAAAACAAAGGAGUAUUUUUUUCUGGUGAAGCAUAUAUCGUCAAGUGGUGCUUUCAGAUCUUUCGUUCAGGUAUACAAAGUUUGAAAGGUGGUAAAUCUCGCCAGGAUGAUACUGGCAAAGAUCAUGUUUUUUUCUUCUUUUGGCAAGGCAGAGAUUGUUCUGCAAGUGACAAAGGGACAGCUGCUUUAAUGACAAUUGAUCUUGAUACAGAAGAAGGACCUCAAAUAAUGGUUGAACAAGGAAAAGAGCCUCCAGCUUUUUAUCAAUUGUUCAAUGGUGAAAUGAUUAUACAUGCUGGCAAGGCACUUGACUUUGACGUAUCUGCAGUAGGUCAUAUGUAUUGGAUUAAAAAUGAAGUAGAAUGUGAAGCUUGUAUAGUUGAGGUGCCAUUAACGUCUGCUUCGUUGAGAUCUCGUGGUUCAUUUUUGGUGACAAGUAAGCAUACAUUAUAUUUAUGGCAUGGUUGCAAGGUUGUCAGAAAUAGUCGUGAAAUAGCUCAAACUGCUACACAAUCAUUUAUUAAAAGGUUAAAUCAUUUAAAGUUGCAUCUUAUUGAGUACGAUGAAGGAGAAGAGACUGAUGAAUUUUGGGAUGCUCUAGGAGAUGAAGAAGAAUACAUGUCAUAUUUAGGCAUUUCAAAAGAAUUCAACUUUACAAUGCGUUGCUUUGUAUUCGACAGUUUAAAUGGAUGUUUCCAGUAUAAAGAAUUAUCAAGUUCUUCAUAUCAUCCAAAACAUACAUGUCCUUUUCCAAUACUACAAUCUCAUUUGUAUGAACUUUCCCAACCAGGAUUGGUUUUUAUUGAUAAUGGUUUUAAAAUGUACCUAUGGCAAGGGUGGUGGCCUGUUACUGAUGAAACUGUUGAUAUAACUGGCCCAAAUACUAAAGCAGAGAAGCAUAGAUUUGAUGUCAACAAAAAACUGGCCCUUCAAUCUAUAAAAUAUUAUGCUUUGGAAAAAAACUGUCCAUUAUCUAAGACAUAUGUUGUUUAUGCUGGCUGCGAACCUUUAGAGUUUACAAACUUGUUUCCUUUUUGGAAUCCAAAUGAAGAAAUAAGUAAAAUACAGAUAUCAGCAGGUUACAAAAUGGGAGAAAUAAAACAACUGGAAGAAGUCCUUUCAAAACUUGAAAAAAAUGAAUAUAGCCUAGAAGAGUUAAGCAGCUUUCCUUUACCUGAAGGAGUUGACCCAAGUCGAAUUGAAGACUACUUGAGUAAUGUUGAUUUUUUGAACUUGUUUGGCGUAUCAAGAAGCGAUUUUAGUCUUCUUCCUCGAUGGAAGCAAAUCGAUCUCAAGAAAAGAACGUGUAUUUUUUAAAUGUACUUUUUAAAAUAUGUAUAUAUAUAUAUAUAUAUAUAUAUAUAUAUAUAUAUAUAUAUAUAUAUAUAUAUAUAUAUAUAUAUAUAUAUAUAUACAUAUGUGUGUGUAUGUGUGUGUGUGUGUAUAUAUAUAUAUAUAUAUAUGUAUAUAUACAUGCACACUUAAAUAUAGAUUUAUAGAUGUUUAUAAUGAUGCAGUUUUUUUUUCUUUGUCUACCAUCUUUUCCAUUCUGGGUUUAAAAGUUUUUUGUUUUUUUUCUUUUUCUUGAUUAUUUAUUUAUCAUUAAAGUUUUAUAUAUUUAAAGUUUCAUAGAGUCCGUAUUUUAAAGCUUCAUACACACACGCAUAUUCCCAUUGAUGAAUACAUAUACAUACAUACACACUUGCAUAAACAGUUUGUUAUUCUAUGUUUUUUACCCAAGUUAUUAUAGUUUUAUACAAAUUUAAUUCCAUGUUCACACUAUGUUUGUUCACUAUAUAGUUGUUACUAUUUUUAUAAACAAAAGAUUUUUAGAUCUAAAUAA